AUGGAUUCGACUGCUAAAGGAAAGUCCUUUGCUCGACUGUGGGCACGGAAAUCAAAGGGAAAUCGUCCUCUAUCGUUUGAGCCAGAUAUUGUGGUUGUUCAUGACCUGGGAGGACCAGAGUUCGCCUGCGAGAAAGGGAGCGGAGAACUGGUGGCCUGGUUCGAGGAUGUUCUCAUUGCAGAUUACCCCGAUGCCCAUAUUCUCAGCUUUUCCCCCAUACCAGAUGCUUUUUCUGAAACCCUACUCACAGGCCGUGGUUUUCAGAUCCAGGCUUGGGAGCUGCUGAGCUCAAUCCAGCAGCAAAGAGAGGAGGAUCAUCGUACCGGAUCCGAAAUUAUAUUCCUUGCUUCGGGUAUAGGUCUUCUUGUUGUAGAGCAAGCGCUAGUGAUUGCCCACCACUACCAACGGUUCCAAUCGAUUAGCCGUGAAACGUCUCUCAUAGGCUUUCUGGAGGCCGAAGCAUUGAAAGAAACCGGAAAAUCGUGGGAAGAAGUCAGUCUACGCACAGCUGUUCGAUUGCACCAGCGUGCCUUCACUCUGCUUUCUGGGCGAUAUAAGACACUCACAUCUAAACAAACAAUAGCUUUUCGGACAGAGAAAGCGACCGAUGAGGUGCUAAGUGAGUGGCAAGUUCUCUCAAGCCAAAUCAGGCGUUUAGCACUGCCCUUUUUAGAAGGUUCCCAACAAUCGUUGCACGCCGUGUACGGCCGAGAUGCCCGCAACCUAAUCCUUUCCAAAUUUGCUCCCUCGCAUGUUCGUGGACUGAUGCCAUAUACGGCUUGCUCCCAAGCCCAUGAUCUCCUAUAUUCUGAUACAACCUACCAGUCGUGGAGAAAUAAUGGUAACGCUGGAGUAUUCUAUGUAUAUGGGGGUGGGAAGAUGGAAACUGCGCAGGUCACAGGAAUAUCGGCAGAAGAUACGGCGGUGACAGCUUACUUAUCUUUUGAAAAUGUCCCAUGUUUUGAGAGAACAGUAUCAACUGUUAUAAAAGUGCUUAUUCAUAGGUUCCUGGUCACUGUUGGCCCCGCCUUCGAUAUCAUUCGACCCGUUCUACGCUCUUUCGGUCACAUACCAAAAUACACUGUUGAAGAGUUAUGGGUCCUUCUUGGAUCAUUAUUGUCAUGUCCUGAUGUUCAAUCCAUCUAUUAUAUAAUUGAUGGAAUUGAUUUGUGCAAUGACAGCAUAACAGAUCAGUUAGAUGCACUGGUGGAGAUGGCCCAUGCCCGAAGUAUAUGCUGCAAAGUGCUUGCCACAAGCCGAACACUCAGCAAUGCAACAUCCGGGAAAACGAAUGCAUUGGAUCUGAAUUCAUUAUUAUUACAGCACGGAAACUUAAAGGAUAUCGUCCGGCGUACAAUGCGACAGUUAAUGACGCAAACACGCGGCCUCACGGAGCUUGAGCAGGUAAUCGUCAAUGAGCUUCGGGGAUCUGCAUCCCUUUCAGAUAUCAACAUUCGACUGCAAGCCUUAUUACACUUCGCCAGGCCACUAAGUGUCUGCUCGAUAGAGGGGAGCCUCCAAAUUCUGCAGAAACCGCUGUCAGAGCUAUAUGCACGGAUGCUGGGCCCGCUGAAUGCUUUAAUGCCAUGGGUGCGCAGGGCUUUGUCUUGGAUGGUGCUUAGUUUCCGGCCGCUUAGCAUACAUGAGCUAGCUAUUGCUGUCUUAAUUCCCGAAAUUCUGGAAGAGCAGGAGUUGCUUCGCCAACUACCUCUUGAUCUUGAGGGCGACUUGACCCGUGCCUUGGGACCGCUGAUUGAAAUUCGCAACGGCCAACCUAUGUUUGCGAGCGAAUCCGUCAGAGAAUAUAUCGGAAGGGAGCUCACAGCAAAGUUGGAGUUCGGUACUGAUGCUCAAGCUUGCGAUCUGUUAUCGCAUGUUGAUUUGACUCGUCAUUGUCUCACAUAUCUGAAACGCUCUUGGGUGACUCAAGCGAGUCCAGCCGACGAAUGUUAUAGUUUCUUGGGACAGAGCGGAAUGGAGUUCAGCGAGUACGCGGCACGAUACUGGCCUUAUCAUUACCGCGCAGAAGAGAAUAGAGGUAAUCUUGCACAUGGCAUAAUAGAUUUUUUCUUUCAGGACAACUGUGGAAUACGUUGGGCAGAGUGGUGGCGGAAUGCGCACUGUCUCGACAGCACAGACUCCUUUGAAUCCACCCCUCUUGCUCUUGCUGCGGAACAUGGCCUAUGCGAGGUCGUUUCCAAACUGAUAUGGCCCACCGAGGACAAGUCUGUUCCUUCACAGGAAAUGACUAAGGCCUUAGAGGUAGCAUUACAAUUCGGUCACCUGGACGUGGCCCGCCAGUUGCUGCUCGACACGACCCCUUCAAAUAAAUCACUUACUCUUGCUACGAGAACAGGGGACACAGAGCUUGUCACUAAUAUACUCCACAAGAUCGAUAUUCCAGAAUCUGUCUGUCUUGAGCCACUUAAAGUAGCAGUCAUACGUGGACAUCUUGAAACAAUUGACGUCUUGCUGCAGCUGCUUCCGGAUUUGCCAUCGACUCUCCAGGAUAACACAUAUUUGUAUCUCGACGCCAUUAGAUCAGGGCAGUUCCAAGUUUUGAAACACUUCCUCAAUGUUGGAGGCGCACGAUUACCAGGGGAAGUUGGCUCAAGCUUGCUUCGCUUGGCUGCCCAGAGAGGCGACAUCGGUGUCAUUCGCUUGCUCCUGGCCGAGGGCUUCAGUGCAGACCAGAAAGAUGAGAAUGGCUGGACAAUCUUACAUCAUUCCGCUGACAAUAGGCGUGCUAACGUUGUUACUGAACUUUUACCGUCGCACGACGCUGAGGCCAAGGAUGUUAAUGGCAUGUCACCGUUGCAUCUUGUCUGCGGAAAUGGAAGCAUCCCGACGUUUAUCGCACUUAUGAAGGCGAAUAACAUUAGCCUCGAAGCACCCAACUUUGACGGAGACCAGCCAAUCCAUUUAGCCGCAGCGGGAGGCCACCUCCAGAUUGUUGUACGUCUUGUGGAAAUGGGAGCAGAUCCAUACACUUCGAAUCGCAAAGGAUUCACGCCGUUACACUUGGCCGCUCAAGCGGGCCACCUGGAGGUCGUUCGGGAACUUAUUCGCCGAGCAGAAGAUCGACUGUCGGUCAGUCGAACAGCUGAAGAAUCUCCACGCAUAGAGUUCCGCGAGGAUAUAAGUGAGCAUAACGGAGAGUCAGCGGCAGCUGGAGACAGUCUGGAUGCCCGCAAGAGUGACAGUAGCAGCGGUAGUGACAGUGAAGAAGAGGAGGAAGGGGAGGAAGAGGAAAGUAGUGAUGGAGAUGCCGAGGAAACAGGAAAUCAAAUUUAUGCGCACGAACCAACCCCUUUGCAUUCGGCAGCUUUGAGAGGUUAUGAUGACGUUGUAAGGGAGCUCCUCGAGGCGCACGCUGAUCCUAAUUAUGGGAACCAACAUGGAAAAACGCCCCUGCACCUGGCAGUUCAAGAUGGUCAAACGGCUGUUGUAAAGGCGCUGCUUGAUGGAGGCGCCAACCCGAGUCUGUGCGAUAUGGAUGGACGUCUGCCAAUACAUCUUGCUUCUGAAGUCGGGAACAUUUUCAUUUUCCGGGCCCUUCAGCAAGUCGUGUCUUACGUGGAAGCGGUCGAUGACCGAGGUAGGACCCCGUUGCAUAUUUGUGCCCGGCAUGCAUAUGAGGAACUGGUCCAAGUACUGCUCAAUCAAGGAGCCGAUCCCAACGCUAGCAAUUCUGAAGAACAAAGCCCCUUGUACUGCGCGAUUCAAAGUGGCAACCCACAGGUAUUCAAGAUAUUGUUAGAUGCUGGUGCCAAAAUCAAUGGUGCAAGUAAAAGCCAGGCUGCGCUGAUUUAUAAAGCGGUACGUGCUGGGCAAGACAAGGAUGUUAUCCGGCUACUGAUGGAGGCUGGCUGCAACCCACUGGCGAAGGUUUCGGGUUUGAUGACAUCGUUGGAACUGGCUCUUAUAAGAAAUGAUCGGGCAAUGGUGUUGCAACUCUUGGAGCGUGUCGGACCAAAUACCCCGUCACUGGCGGAAUACUCAGAGGGACUUUUUUGGCUCGCCUAUGAAGGCUGCAUUGAGGGAGUCAGAAAGGUUCUGAAAGAAGCAGGCGAUGGCACACUAGAGGGUAAGACCUUUGGAAUGGCAGCUUUGCACAUAGCAGCAAGAAGCGGGCGUGAGGAGGUAUUGCAAUUUCUCUUGGAACGAGGCUCGAAUCCGAAUGCACGAUCAUCCGAUAAUAAGACGCCUUUAAUAUAUGCAUGCACGCGAGGUGAACAAGUUGGAGUUGUCAAGAGGCUGUUGGAUGCAGGCGCGAACCCUGAUCUCGUGUCUGAUAGGGGCUUCAGCGCCCUCCAUUGUGCAAUAGAGUCAAAGAGCGACGACCUAGUGCAACUUCUACUCAAGCAGGGGACGCCCUUGCCCAGUGCUACAGAGACCGGUGUUACAAUCCUGGGUUCUGCUGUCCAACAUAGAAUGUCCUCUGUGGUUGAGCUUCUUUUGCAACGUGGGGCUAACCCGUUCGAGAUUCAUCGUGGCAAGACAGUCAUCGAGUGGGCUAUUAUGGAUGACAAUCCGGCCUACUUAAACCAUAUGGUCCAUUACGGAAUUGGCAUGGUUGAUGCUGAGAGCAGAUUCACACCAUUGCAUCUUGCGGCAAUGAUAGGCAAUUUGGAACUCAUUGAGAAGCAUUCAUCUAGUCUCGGGGCCAAAGAUACGGUUUACGAACGGACCGCGCUGCAUUGGGUUGCAAAUAAAGGUGAAUCGGAUGCGCUGAAAUACUUGAUUUACUUGGGUGAGGAAGUGUCAGUUCAGGAUAAGCAGGGAAUGACGGCCCUGCAUUUAGCAGCGUCUCGUGGAAAGGGAGAUAUGGUGGAAGCCUUGCUUCAAAAGGAUGACCGAUGCAUAACCUUAAAGGAUAUUCACGGUUGGGCUCCUAUGCACUUUGCCAAAGCAUAUGGAAGGACCGAGGCUGUCUCCGUUCUUUCUAGUAUUUCUCCAUCAGGAGUACAAGAAAUGCCAAGUUGCUACCCCCCAAGCCGCUGGGUUGGUGAAGAAGAGAGGCCUACAAAAAACUUGCUAGCUGAGGGAGGCCUUAAGGUUAUCACUGGAGGAAUCGACAACGAUUGGACCAGGAUACAAAUUCGCCCUAACCAUCCAAUGCCCCUCGAAAAACAUGUAUAUUACUAUGAGGUGGCAAUUAUCAAUGCUGCAACAUUCAGGAUUCUGGGCCUCGGAUUCUGCGAGGAAAACGCUGAGAAGGAGGGGAUGCCUGGCUGGCGGAAUCAUUCGUGGGGUUAUCACGCCGAUGAUGGAUUACUCUACGCGGAAAGCGGGAGAGGGAAAGAGUAUGGACCAACAUAUAGGGAUGGAGAUGUAGUGGGAUGUGGUGUGGAUUUUGACGCACAAUGUGCGUUUUUCACCUGUAACGGAAAGAUCCUCGGCACGUUCCCUUGUAAAUUGCAGGGUAUCUACUACCCUGUGUUGGGCUAUGGCGAGAACGGGAUUGAGAUCACUACGAACUUUGGCCCUGGUGGAUUUCGCUUCGAAGGGGUGGACAGUUACUGCUGGCGGAAAGAGAUUGAACCACAAGAUGAAUGA